GACAAACCCUCAAAUAACAUUAUUGCACAUUACGCCCUCUCGCAGUGCAGCAGACCGGUUGGUUUUCUUCAACCACCUCUAUACUCUCGGUAAGAGUAUGCCGUGACAAAGUAAGAGAAAAAAAGAAAGGAAGAAGACCUUUUUGAAGCAGCCAGCAGAACUGUGCGAAGUUUUUUCUUCCUUCGUCUCUGUCUUUCUGUCUCUUUCCCUCCGCGGACGCGGUCACCAAUAGUAACGCAGACACCACCACCCCAAAGAUGGUCCAAAUUCCCAAAUCCAUCACGCGCCUUUGCGGCGCUGCCCUCGGCGCCCACUUGGCCAUGACCUCCUCCGUCUUCCUCUGUUCGUCAUUGGGCCACGACGACGUUUUUGAGCAACACUGGAACUACAGCAGACCCACGCUGCGCAAACGUGUCAGCUACGUCGCCUUCUGGACCCCUGGAUUCUUUUCACCGGUGUUAUCGGGUGAGGAGCGAGAGUGUUUAGAUGUGUGGAUGCACACCCUCGCCCUGCACACCCCGCUCUUCGCCACCAUUCAGAUCUCUCCAAAGAUCACCGUACAAGACUCCAUGGCGGUUCUUCAGGGCAUCAGCGAACUUCGCGACGGCGUGUACCUGUUAGAAAAACUACCCAUUGCGGUAGAGCCGUAUCUGCAGGAGGUGCGACGAGAGUACCAAGAUGACGUCGUUUUCUUGCACGGUAAAACGCGGACGGACAUCGCAUUUAAGGUGCCUUUUACGCACUACAAAGUUCCCCUCUUUGUCUUUCCCGCCUCGUUCACCCUGCAGCUGGAGCGCACGCACUCCCGUGGGCCUCAUCUGAACAUUACGGUGGUGGAACAUCGCUGGUUUAAUGGGCUAUUACUGUCGCACUCGACGAACUCCGUCUCCUCGCCGUGGGGCGACGUCGGCGACCUGUGCCGACGCUACAACGGGUUUUUGUGGUCGGGCAUGGCGACAAAGAAGAUAUCGCUGGGCGAGCGUCGACGCGCCUUUAUAGAAAAGACAACGCGUAUGGAGGAGGAAUUGAAACGGCAGCAAGAAGAGCAGAUUAAGAUAUAG